AUGGCGUCCAAAAGAAAGCAAAAUGUCUUCAUCUUGGAGGUCAAUUCACUGGACCUCUCGGAGGUUGAAAUUGGCUUCGGUCUCAAGAAAGUCAAUGAUAUCAACUGGGCGCAGUUUCGGACUCCGUUUGAGAUCGCAGAUUGCUGUCAGCACACUUUGAAUAUGCUCGAUGAUUUUCGAAUCCAGAUGCCACCUCGUCUAGGCAUUCUUCUCCUUGAUGUCCAUACCAAACCACCCAACCCAAAUUCUCCUGGCUCACCCCCCAUCCCUAUAUCGAGCAAAUUUGAAUUUUCAUUCCAGCCAUUUUCCCGCCAUGGAACUAGGGACACAUCUCUGAGCGGCGUCCCCAGCUAUUUGCUAUGGUAUGGUCCAGAUGUCGGAGAAGAUCUGGCCGUCAAUUCAAUCAUUGUGGAAAAAAAAGAGGGUCAAUCUGCCGCUGGCGUGCCGCAGUGUCUUGCCUAUAUGGGUAUGUUCCAUUUCCUUCUGAUCUCGAGCGAAGGCAAGUGGUCUCAGCUAGACCUGAACUAUUCCAGCCAUCGCCAGGAGAUUGUUGAGACUCUUGCAUACUUUCACACGCAGGCCUCUGUUUUGUCUACCUUUUGCGGCAGUGGUACAUCCGAGAAUGGCUCCCAAUCUCGAGUGGCAUCGGAUAUUCAAAAAUCUCUUCAUGUCCAACGCACUGGCACGUCCGUUGAAGAUUGGUCUAUUUUUCAAGUGACGAAUGAAAUUGAAGAUGCGCAAGGGGAGGAUGAUGAUGACGAGAUUUGA